GUAGACGUGGCAGGCGGAGCGGAUGCCGAAUGUGAUGAAUCUGGUUCAGUGCCGCCGGUUCCGGGGCGCCGGCCCCCAGUCUCAGCUGCAUUCUUAGUCUGAAUGCGGCAGAGCCGCGGAGAAGGUGGGAGUGUGCCGGUAGCUAUUGUCAGGAUGUUGUGUAAAGGGUUGCCGGCCGUGUCCGCCUUGCUGCUGGUUUAUGCUGUUGUGAAGCUGAGCUGGAGCAGGACAGCCCCUGUGUUAAGCGACGAUGUCCCGUUCAGGAUAACAUGGCCCGGGGCCGAAUUCACACUGCCAACCACAGGAGGCCUAUACAGACCUGAUGACUACAUAAUUAUUACUACAGUGCAUAACGAAAGAUACAAAUGUAUGUUGCCAUCGAUUGGAAAUGGAGACCAGGAUGAAGAACAUGAUUACAAAGGACAUGGGCCUGGUGAGCUAUUGGAACCACUGUUCAAACAGAGCAGUUGUUCUUACAGGAUUGAAUCUUACUGGACAUACGAAGUGUGUCAUGGGAAACACAUACGCCAAUACCAUGAGGAAAAAGAAACUGGCCAGCAGAAAGUUAAUAUUCAGGAAUAUUACCUUGGUACCAUGAGCACGCCAGCUGAUUCUGAGACCGAAGAUUCCACUGCAGAACAGCCAGAAGAAUCUGAAACUGAGAAAUUGAAAGUUUACACUAAAAACAUAGAAGGACAGAUCACUCCUUAUUACCCGGUGGUAAUGGGAAAUGGUACACCUUGCAGCUUAAAACAGAACAAACCAAGAGUUACCACUGUAAUGUAUGUCUGCCACCCUGAAGCCAAGCAUGAGAUCCUCUCAGUUGCUGAAGUCACCACCUGUGAAUAUGAACUAGUAAUCUUGACACCACUAUUGUGCAGCCAUCCUAAAUACAGAUUUAAAUCCUCCCCAGUUAAUGACAUAUUUUGCCAAUCAGUUCACGGCUCGCCAUUAAGGCCUCAAAGUCUUGAACAGUUAGAAAAACAGCAAGAAGAUAUGAUGAAACCGCCUUUCACUACCCAAAGAGCCCAAGAGGAACUGGACACAAAAUCUACACGAGAUGAACAGUUUUUAACUCACAAGUCUAUCAGUAUUGGAGGAGGACAGCCAGUUGCUGUAGGAACUACUCACAUCUCCAAACUGACUGAUGAACAGCUCAUUCAGGAAUUUCUAAGUGGCUCCUAUUGUUUCCAUGGGGGUGUAGGAUGGUGGAAAUAUGAAUUCUGCUAUGGUAAGCAUGUGCAGCAGUAUCAUGAGGAUAAAGGAGCUGGAAAAAGCAUCAUAGUGGUUGGCACCUGGAAUAAAGAAGAGCACGUCACAUGGGCUUCAAAAAAUUCAGCAAGGGCUUACCAAUGGAGAGAAGACGGAACACAGAAAGUGAGGGUUGUUUCACAUUUUUAUGGAAAUGGUGAUCUUUGUGAUUUGACAGGAAAACCACGACAAGUGGUUGUAAAAUUGAAGUGUAAGGAAUCAGAGUCCCCUCAUGCAGUUACAAUCUACAUGCUUGAGCCACAAACCUGCCAAUACAUUCUGGGGGUGGAAUCGCCGGUAAUUUGUAAAAUUCUGGACACAGCUGAUGAAAAUGGAUUACUUUCAGUACCCAGCUAAAUGACAGCUCAGCCCAGAUUUCUGCUAGGAGAACAAAAUUUACUACACUAAAUAUUUGUGAGAAUACAUAUACAGAUAUAGUGUGAUAUUCCAUUAUCAGCAUUUAUCACAUAUCUGUUUCUUUUAAAAAUGGACAGCUGAAAAUAAGUAUUUGGUAGACAUUUGUGUCUAAAUAAUAAAUGGAAACAGUGGAGUAAGUCAUCCACUGUGUUGAGUGCUUGUAAAUACACUGUAUAAAAGAUUUAGACUGCAUUGGGAUACCUUUGAACUUGUAUAAUGUUUGAAAUGAUACUUGAAACUUGUACAUCUGAUGUGCUCAGUGUAAUUUUACCAAGAUGUAAAUUUAAAAUUUAAACUUUUUUCCAGAUCUUUUAUUGCAAGAGUCAUCUUUUUGUUAAAUCCUAGCAAAUGCUAAUUUUUCAUAAACUAUCAAAGGAUCUUUAUUCACUGCACCUUAGCUGUUGGACCUCCUGGAUCGAUUUUCCAUGAGCAUUGCAGUGUAUUUCUUGGAUUUGUUUUUAUUUUCCAAUGAAUUUUUAUAACACUUUGAAAAGUAUUAUGACUUCUGCUUCCACGUACCUUAAAUGUUCUUUCUACCUAAUUGGAAUAAGCAAAAGUUGUGGCUAAAUUGAAUAAAGUAAUCUGUUAAUACUA